AGUCCAUAACGGAACGAAUUUUUCUACAGUGAUAGUACUGUGGGGUACUCGCAGUGCAUAUCGGAACAUACUACUUCAACUUGUAAUUUUAAUUUUAUGUCACUGUCAACUUGUCAAGUCAUAAGUCAAGCACCGUCUGCCAAACCAACGUGUUCUAUAAAAUUUUAAUUGAAAUUUUAAUAAAUAAUUAAUAUUAUAAAUAAAACUAAGAAAAAUGUCUUCUUCUUUUUUCUUAAAAGGGAAGUCAAGGCAAGUUCAUAAAAGAAAAGGUGAUAAAAUAAAUAAAAAGACGACAAAAAAACAAAUUGUUCCUAACCUCGAAAACGGUCAUGAAUCUUCAGAGAGUGAUUUAGAUUUAAAAAAGUUUUCUGAUGCCGAAGAAUCUGAAAGUGACCAUGAAACGGCAGAGCAGAAAAAGUUACGACUAGCGAAGAAAUACCUAGAAGAAAUAGAAAAGGAAGAAGCGAAGCGCUCGGAAGUUAAAGAACUCGACGAUGCGAUCGAUAAACGUUUGCACAAAGAUUAUCUCGAACAGAAAGGUAAAUUAAAAAUAGAAGUUGCUGACAACUAUAUCGCUCCUUGUGAAAAUGAUAGUAGACUUAUUAGGACCAAAGAACAUCGUCUGUCUCUCACAUGUGUGUGUGUAAGCAGCGAGAGUGACUACGCUUUCACCGGCUGUAAAAGUGGCACAAUCAUAAAAUGGGGUAUUAAAGAAAAACGAAAAUUAGGCUGUUUAUCUUAUAAAACACAUUCCACCUACUUGAAAGGAGGUAUCACAUCAAUAGCCAUAACAUCAGAUUCUAAAUAUUUAGCCACAGCCGAUUCAUCCCCUAGUGUUCAAAUUUGGGAUCCGCAUACAUUAAAACACAUACACACUUUUAGAGGACAUAAAGAUACUGUGAUUGGUCUAGUUUUUAGAAAGAACACACAUGACUUAUACUCAGCAAGUAAAGAUAGAUCAGUUAGGAUUUGGUCAUUGGAUGAAAUGGCUUACGUAGAGACAUUGUUCGGACAUCAGUCUCCUAUAACAUCUAUCGACGCGUUAUCCAGAGAGAGAGCUAUUACUUCAGGGGGUCGAGAUACAACUGUAAGGGUAUGGAAAAUAGUUGAAGAAUCACAAUUGAUAUUUAACGGUCCAGAGGGAAGCCUUGACGAGGUAAAAUUAUUAGAUGAGGAACACUUUGUGUCUGGCAGUGAUAACGGUUCAAUAUGCUUAUGGAGUGUUUUAAAGAAAAAGCCUAUAUGCAUGGUAAAAGAAGCACAUGGUUCAGAAAAUGGUGUACCUCGCUGGAUCAUGAGUCUCGCUACACUUUUAAACACAGAUGUUUUUGCGUCGGGAUCAUACGACAAUCAGAUCAGAGUGUGGAAAGUUAGUGAUUCUUAUAAAAACAUUGAACCUUUGUUCACAGUGCCGUCAGUUGGUUUUGUAAAUAAUAUACAAUUUACGAGUAAUGGUAGACAAUUAUAUGCAGCUUUAGGUCAAGAACACAAAAACGGCAGAUGGUUUAAACAAUCAAAUGCUAAAAAUGGUUUAUUAAUUGUUAAUUUUUCCAUUAAGUCAUAAUAAUUUAAUAAAAUAAUAUUAAAUUCA